AUGAGUCGCGUACUCGCCGACUUGAACGAGGGGCCGCAGCGCCGUCCGCUCGGCCACCCUGGUCCUCGCGAACCUCGCAUUUUUCUCCUGCCCGACAAUCUCAAGUUCCUCAACAAGCGCGAGCCACUCGAGCCCGCGCUCAACCCGCCGAAGAGACGGCUCCCUUCCAUGAUCCCUGCUAUCGACGAGCCCGAGCCGAACCGCGACCGCUUGAGCUCCGCACGCGCGCAACACCUCAUUGCGCAGCGGGGCAUGAGCGCAAUUGGCCUGUCGAGCCUGCACGGCGACGCCAACGAGGACCUGUCUCGAGCGUUUGCAGCUAUGCAUGGGCACGUCAUCAUCGCUCGCUUCCGCGAGUGGUUCGUCCAUCAGGUCCUGCCGCCUCCCCUCCGCCAGAACGCCUGGCACCUGCCAGCGCACCAGCCCGGUCGGCCGAUGAUCUUCCGGCCCGAUACCGGUGAUGGAACGUCGGCCAACCCGCUCAAGAUCGUGUGCCCCGCGGUCCGCGUGCCCGUCCUGUCGUCGCCGCUCGGCUGGGUCGCGACAGCCGACGGAGCACGCGGGAUCGCGACGCUCGCCGGGCCGACGCUCGUGCCCAUCAAAGGCGUUCGCGGACCCGAGUACACGCACGCGGCGCUACUGUGGAGCAACGGCCAGCUGGGCAGCCAGGGCGAGCCGGCGCCGUUCGUGCUCGAUUCGAGGUCCCCAAACCUCCCUGAAGGUGCCGGCGCCUACCUCGCCGCCGGCGCACCCGCCGUGUUGUGGCGCGCGCUCGUGUCGCCAAGGACCGUCAUCGCCUCCUGCCGCAGCGCUCCCCCUCGCUCGACCACCUACUGCCUCCAAAUCUUCCACGGCGCCAGACCGCCGACACACGUCCACGUCGAGUUCGACUCGGCUUUCGACGCGGCCCUUCACGGAACGGGCCUCGAGGUGCGCAGCGAGGCCGCGAGGUGCGCGCCCGUGCCGCGAGGGUCCGACAAGGCGACGGUUUUCAGGCGUCGCGGUGGGCAGUAG